AUGGUUGCUGCAUCUAAGCUAAGAACAGAUCAAAGAAAAUUAGAUAAUGGCAUGCCUUUUGCCUUACCUAUUCAGAGACUUAUUGGCCGUAUUACUGUACCAGACCCUAAGACAGACCUAACCGUCGUUGCUCUCUCUUCAGGAUUAUCUUCUCUCCUCUGUUUCUUGUUUAUGUACUUAACCCUAAUAAAAAAAGGAGAUAUAUAUUAUGAUUUAGAAUAA